UUCUAGCACUCACCAGUGUAUCCAAACACUUCCUCAACAGUUUCAAAGAUUAGUGUACUCUUAUUUACGAAGACGUUAUGGCUAGCUCUGGACAGCUCCUUAAGCUUGCAUGCUUGGUGGUGGUGAUGUUCUGCAUGGUGGCUGGUGCCCCCAAAGCCGAGGCAGCUGUGACAUGCGGUCAGGUGGUGAACAGCCUGGUUCCAUGCCUUAGCUACGUGACGAACGGCGGGGCACUGAACCCCGCUUGCUGCAACGGGGUGAAGACCCUCUACAACCUGGCUCAAACCACCCCUGACCGCCAGAACGUCUGCAACUGCUUGAAGCAAGCAAUCAAUGGAAUACCUUACACCAAUACCAACGCUGGCCUUGCUGCUGGCCUUCCUGCCAGGUGUGGUGUCAACAUUCCGUACAAGAUCAGCCCCUCUACUGACUGCAAAAGUGUGAAGUGAUCAGAGCUUUGUGAAGAGUAAAGACCAAGAGCUUAAUUUCCUAUGGAGGAACAUGUAGUGGCAUAAGAAUAAAUUAAUCUGGUGCUUGACGGAGUUUAUCUGCUGUUCGUUUCAGUAGGGCUUACUUCUAGUUGUUUUGUCAUCUGCUUGGUCUUUGCUGUCUUUAACUUCUACGUUGUUAUUUAUUUUAAUCUGUGUUUGUAAAUGGUGGCUGAUUGGCCCUGUGUUUAGUCAGCUUCCUGGUUGAACUUUAUUUAGCAAUUAUAUAUCUUAUUUCUAAAUA